GUCGUGCGGCAUUUUACUCGCGCCUGUUGAUUAAUAAAUCACACAGCUGCAGCUACGGCUAAUUAUAGGAGGGCGCUUUAUCUGAGGUGGACAUAAGCUUAAUAACUGUUUUGUUGUCGAUAAAUACCGGUGCAAACAUAGUCUAACAGACUUUCUUGAAUUUGAUAAUUUAAGUCUUUAAAUAAUGUGGUUUCCUCCACCUGUCGUCGACGUCUUUGGGGCUUUGAGUUCGAUCACAUGUGAGGAUCGUUAUGCCAUGUGGCUAGUCUUUCCACUGUACGGGACUGCUGGCUUUCACAGUGAUCCACUGUAUGCCAAUGAUGAAAGGAAGUUUCUGUUGAUGAGGUCACUGUUCGAGCUUGUCUUGGCCAAUGAUUACCUGGAGCUCAUAGAUCCAAAGUUGCUUGGAUGGUUCCAAUGUUUAACAGCAGAGGACAAGACCUUAAUACAACAAGAGGGAGGGUAUCUGCAAUUUUUGAAGAAACACCCUGCACUUGAAGUAACCAGAAAGUAUGUUUAUGUAAAACAAAACGUCAGAAGAAACUGCGUUCCCCCUCCAACAACUAUGUCAUCAAACAGCUCCAGGUACCCAAAAUUUUAUGGUGCAUCUCAGUGUCAAAACUGUAGGACCAGUUGUCCGUUUGGUAGCAAGAAGUGCAGCCGUUGUGGUGUUCACAUUGCAAUUUCAGAGGACAAAGUCUGUGUGUCAGAGAAUGAGAAACAACUUGAGCUGCUGCCAAACAGUGUGAAAGAAGAGCUGAAUGUCUUAACUGCCAAAAGUGACGUCACAAAGCAAAAUAUUAAUUCAGGUUGCAUGCAGAGUACCCUAAACACUAGACCCAGACAGAGGUAUGAUGAAAGGAGCCCUGAUGCACAUCCUCCUUCGUACAGUAAAGGAAUGUGUCCCCAUGCCCAGUGCCUGUCUCGGCUGUGGGAGGAAGUAGAGAAGAGGGAAGAUGCCAAACACUUCCAAGACACAACAGCCCAGGCAAGCUUCUCCCUUGAUAUGGAGCUGGAUAAGCAGAGUCGGGUUCAGAGGAAUGACUAUAUUCAAAAUGACCAAGACCUACUGUAUGAUCAAAUGGAAAAAGCAGAUCAUCAAAUGGAAAAAGCAGAUGACCACAAACUGGAUCAGGAAGUGAUGCCAGAAUACUACAGUUUCAGUAGCACCAGCUUAGACCACACCGUAUGGAGUGAUGGCAGCCAAAGUACGGAGGCAGGCUACAAUGAUUCAAUCAUGGCCACCAAAGGCAGUACAGAACUGUCAGAUGAACCGUCAGAUGCCUCCAUGGCCAAUGCCACUUCUGCAAACUCUACUGAUUGUUUCUCUUGUCUCAGCAAUUCCUUUGAGCUUGCUGAUGAGUCAGGAGACCGUUGUGAAGACCUGCAAAAGAAGCAAGACUCAAGAUAUGAGCAACAGAUAGAACAGAUCAAUGUGGUAUCUUCCAAAUGUGGUGCUUCAGUUUCUGUGGACCAAAUAAUAGAUGCCUGUGGUGAUUUCAGAGCCUGUUUCACCUCAACAUGUGCAACGGAGGUCGGUCAGAUCUUCCAGGUGAAAAACAUUGCCACUGACACUGACUUGCUAGCUGUCAGCCAUGAGAAAGAUACACAAACUGUACAAAUGGCCACAUCUGAAAAGAACACUAUUACUGAAGUCUGCAUGUCUGACUUGGAUAUCCUCACAGAGGAAUUCAUAAAACUUAAGGAGACGGAGAAUGAGCUGAAACAGCUAAGGAGUAGAAAGGCAAGCCCUAGUCCUGGUGGUGACCACUGCGGGAGAGUCUGUGGGUGUGACUGUGCCCAGCGAGUGAGAAGAGCAGAGCUGCGUCUUCUCGCUCUCCAGUUUGUCAUGUGCCAACAGCACUGCUGGAGACGCUACUUCACUUCCCCACUAGGUGAAAGUGCUCAUCAGGGCACUGAGGCACUGCCGGACAGCAUAGCAGAAACUCUGAAUACACUACAGAAAGAUUACCAUGAGAGGAGGAGACUGAUUCUGGCUGGCACUCCUCUUGAUGACCUUAAGCCCCUGUCAGUAGACUCUGAAAAGAUAACUACAAGGGGAAACUACAGCCCAGCAUCGGUGCUUGAGGCCCAUUUAGACUCAUUUCACAGUCCAGGAAGUACCAUUGCACACGGUGACAGAGUGGAUGAAGAAAGUAAAGAGAUGAGCGCACCGAACACUGAAGUUUGUCAGGACACUGAAUCUGCUCCGGAUGCAGCAAAAGGUAAUGGCAACAAGAGCAAUAAAGAGGUCUUUUCACACAAGAAUCAUGGAGCUUCCACUGAGACAACCCCUGGUGCCAUCAAGGAUCCAAAUGCCAGCGAAGCUUGGUUUGAUGCUGAGGAGGAACUUGGGUCUCCAAAUCAAGAUGGAAAAAUGGAGAAACAGAAUGAAAAGAGGGAAAGUAAAAAAGUAUUUAUGUACUUUUUCACAGGAACUGAUGAGUCAAAAGAAAGUUCCCUCUUGUGCAUUACAUGCCUACCACUCAAUGUCACUGAGCAUGAAGUGCUGCUUUGGUUUGAGAAGUACAAUGCUACGAAUGUCUGCAUCUCCACUUUCAGCAACAAUAUGAGGGCAGCUAUUGUUUAUCUCAAGAAUCCCAGCGACGCCAAGGCAGCAGUUGAAGAACUAAAUGGGCACUCUCUCCAAGGUCACACUGUCCAGGUGGUGCAACUCUGUCGGCCUGCUUUAGCUGAGCCUACACUGAGUGAUCAAUCUUGCAGCACUUCAGAAACUGCAGGGGAUGGACUGGGAACAAAGGGCGUAACUUACAGUUUAUCACAUGGAGGGCCGCGCUGUAGUUUGGACAGGUUGACCAAUGUGUGCGACUCGCCCACAGCCUCUGGUACAUGUGUGCCACAGCACUACGCCACCAUGGGAAGCUUUGACACAAUCAUGGCCCGGCUGUUGGAGCGCCACCCAAGCGUAGGCCGCCAAAGGAUCGUGGAUGCCCUGCUGGAACUGCGGGCCAAGCAUCAGGGCUUCCUCAGUGGCCUUCCAUUGAGAUCUAUAGUGGAUAUGACCUCUGAGCUUCUCUCCCAGGCCUCUACCCCCACGUGUAUUUAAGUUUGUGUCGUUUUAAGCAACGGUUAAAGCUUUGUAAAUAGUUCCCUGACCAGUAUGACUGGAUUUCAGUUGACAGUUCCAUUUUUGCAACAAACAUGUAUGUUAUGUACAACCAUUUCAUUGUAAUUCGUUGUUAGUAACACUUCCUUUGAGUUCAACAAUAGUGGAAAUUAAGAGUUUUUGAAUUUCAGUUUUAUUACCAGUUAUGGUAACUGCAUAUAUGUAUAUAUUUCCUUGUGUUUCAUAAAUAAAACUGUUUUCCUGUUCA